CACGAUAAACUCUUUCUUCUUGAAUUGUCCUUUGUGCACGUCGCGCCUAUUGUUCCCAUGAUAAAUGCUUAGACUUCAGUCCCCGUGAGCUUGGCUGUGUGAUCACUUGACGCAUAAUAUGUAAAAGAAAAAAUACCUUCAAGGAUUCCAACCAACUCCUUAAUACACUCCAGACAUGGCCGGGUACAUUCAGUACCUAAAGACUGCUUCGGGGAUCCUUAAGAUAGCAGAGACUGUGACAGUGGCCAUCACCUUUGGCCUCUUCAGGGGAAUUCCUUUGACCUUUGGCGACACGCAUCACUUCGCCGGCAACUUAGGAACCGAUACGGACUUUUUUGCGGGCGGGGUCAUGGUGACUGCGCUGAUUGUGACUCCUUUGUUCUUCGUGUUUUAUCUCCUGGGGCGGAAAGAGAUCAAAAAGACAGGGAUGGAAAUCGUCCUUAACUUCAUCCUCAGCGUCUUCCUCUUCAUAUCCGGUUCCCUGUGUCUGGCCUUUUAUAACUCGGCUCCCUUACCUAGCCCUUGGAACAGCAGAGACAGGGAAGGCGUUACGAUGGGCGUCUUCUGCUACAUCUCCGCCAGUUUCUAUUUGGCAGACACCCUCGUUGCUCUCAAGAACUUUUGUCGAAAAGAAACGGAAACGGAUGCAUGACGAUGUGAUGGUUAUGAGAAAACGGGAAUGAUGCGGAAAUAAAGAGAAAACGGGAAGGAUGCGGAAAUAAAUAGAAAACGGGAAGGAUGCGGAAAUGAAGAGAAAACGGUAAUGAUGUGGAAAUAAAGAGAAAACGGGAAUGAUGCGGAAAUAAAGAGAAAACGGGAAUGAUGCGGAAAUGUAGAGAAAACGGAGAAAAUGUGUAGAUAAAGAGAAAACUGAUGUGAUGUUUCAACAACUGAAGGGUAGACUUAAUAAAGAUUUAUUUAUAUUUUUUCUCAUC